UUGUCUCAGUACGCGCCACGUGUGACAUUAGAUAACCUGGUUAAAGGCUUGUGAAAGAGAUCCCGGUCUCCACGCUAUGAGUCUCCGCUCACGACCCAGGUGUUGCCUCUUUGUAGCUUUGUAUCUCGCUCAGACGCUCUCCACUGAAGACUUUCGAUCUCUCAGAGCUGAGAAAAUGUGGGACUGAUACUGAAAAGUUUUAAGAAUUUCGAGUCUUUUGGAUUUUCUGUGAAUUGGGAAAUCUAUAAAUAACCAAGAUUUUGAUACGCUUAAGGUCGAUCCUACCCUUGGAUUGGUUUGAGUAUGUUCAGAUAGCAGAUAAAGAUCAAGGAGUUCGAGGGAAGAGUCUUAGGUUUGGUUUUCAAGACUUCCCUUGGGGAGAGGGAGAUAAAAGAAUGUCGAGUGGUAGAAACACCCAUUGGUGUUACCGGUGCAGGCAACCAGUUCGACUGCGAGGACGAGAUGCAGUGUGCGACAGCUGUAAUGGAGGAUUUAUUCAAGAACUUGAUGAUAUGGCGCACAUCAACCCAUUUGAUUUCCUUGGACUGGAUAUUGAUGAAGAUCAUGACAGGAGGUCAGGACUUAUGGAAGCUUUCUCGGCUGUUAUGAGGCAUCGAUUGGUAGACAGGAGCCAUAGCCAUGACAUCAGAGGCUUCAGAGCUAGAUCAGAUUCAGUUCCGGAACAUGCUCCUGGUGUGGGUCCUUUGCUGGUUUUUGGUGGUCAAAUUCCUUUUAGAUUGUCUGGAAAUGGUGGGCUUGAAGCUCUUUUAAAUGGGACUCCCGGGAUUGGUCUUACACGGGGUAAUGCAGGUGAUUAUUUUGUAGGCCCUGGACUGGAAGAGCUGUUUGAACAGCUUUUGGCUAAUGAUCGGAGAGGUCCUCUCCCGGCAUCUAGAUCUUCAAUCAAUGCGAUGCCAACUAUUAAGAUCGCACAGAGGCAUCUUGGUUCUGAUUCGCACUGUCCUGUAUGCAAAGAUAAAUUCCAGCUAGGGUCUGAAGCAAGGCAAAUGCCAUGUAAUCAUAUAUAUCACUCAGACUGUAUUGUCCCAUGGCUAAUCCAGCACAAUUCAUGCCCUGUAUGCCGCCAAGAACUGCCACCGCAAGGAAUGAAUAGUGGCCAUAGUACAAAUAAUCGAAGUAGAAGCAGCACUUAUGUUAGUAAUGCUGAGGGAAGGGAGAAUGGCAGGGAUAAUCAAGGAAGAAGGAAUCCAUUCUCUUAUCUGUGGCCAUUCCGCACAUCUAAUUCGAGCUCUAACCAUAAUGGAACUGCUGGAAGCAGCUCUCCAACUAUUCGUGACAACAACCAGCAGCUGGGUUAUUCUGGGUGGCCUUUUGACUAAAGUUCUUUGUUUAGAUCGCAGUUUCCGUUUAUUGCCAUUGUGAUAAAGAUUAUUGGAGUGGGAGUAUGUUGCUUGAUUGGUGAAUGAUGGUCUUUUUAUGUUUUGUACUUAGCUGUGCUUUUUAUGUAAAUGACUUCACUUUGGGUGAAUAACCUUGGCUGCUUCA